UCUGCACAGGGUCGUCUCUUCUCUUAUCCUGACACCCACCGCCAUCGGCUUGGAGCCAACUACCUCCAGCUGCCUGUUAAUUGCCCUUAUCGUGCCCGCGUGGCCAACUAUCAGAGAGAUGGACCCAUGUGUGUGACUGACAACCAGGGAGGAGUCCCAAACUACUACCCUAACAGCUUCAGUGCCCCAGAUUGUCAGCCACGCUUCAUGGAGUCCAAGUUUAGAGUCUCUCCUGACGUCGGACGCUACAACAGCUCGGACGAUGAUAACGUGACCCAGGUUCGCACUUUCUUCACCACCGUCCUGAACGAGACUGAGCGCGAGCGUCUCUGCCAAAACAUGGCAGGACAUCUGAAAGGAGCUCAGCUCUUCAUUCAGAAGCGCAUGGUCCAGCAUCUGAUGGCGGUGCACCAGGAUUACGGCUCUCGUGUUCAGGCGCUGCUUGACAAGUAUAACGCAGAGGGCCAAAAGAACUCUCUGCACGUGUAUAAGAAGGGAGGCUCAUCUGCCGUGGUCGCUUCUUCCAAGAUAUGACGUGUGGAAUUUCUGCAGCACACACACAUGCCUGACAAGAGCAUUUCUUCUUUCACAUUAAAAAUAUUAGCAGUGUAGCUGGAUAACAUUCUCCAUAAGAUGAUUUUCAAGAAGAUUGAAAAAAACAAAACAAAAA